AAGGCGGCGAGUCGGCGACCCCUGAGCGCCCGGCUGCCUGCUCCGUACUCGUUGGCCGGGCAGCCGGCCCCGCUGAGCGCGGAGGCGGCUGCCGGGCGCCAUGGGGCCGGGCCCGGGGCCGGGGUGGCUGGCGGCCGGGCUGCUGGUGAACCUAGUCGCCUCCAUCUGCAUCGUGUUCCUGAACAAGUGGCUCUACGUGCGGCUCGGCUUCCCCAACCUGAGCCUCACGCUGGUGCACUUCGCCGCCACCUGGCUCGGCCUCGGCCUGUGCCAGGCGCUGCGCGUCUUCGCCCCCAAGAGCCUGCGGCCCCGCCAGGUGCUGCCCCUGGCGCUCAGCUUCUGCGGCUUCGUGGUGUUCACCAACCUGUCCCUGCAGAGCAACACCAUCGGCACCUACCAGCUGGCCAAGGCCAUGACCACGCCGGCCAUCGUGGCCAUCCAGAGCCUCUUCUACGGCAAGAGCUUCCCCCUGCGCAUCAAACUGACCCUGAUUCCCAUAACUGUAGGUGUAUUCCUGAAUUCCUAUUAUGACGUGAAGUUUAACUUCCUUGGAAUGGUGUUUGCUACCCUUGGUGUUCUAGUUACAUCCCUUUAUCAAGUGUGGGUAGGAGCCAAGCAGCAUGAGUUGCAGGUUAACUCUAUGCAGUUGCUGUACUAUCAGGCACCAAUGUCCUCUGCCAUGUUGUUGUGUAUCGUACCCUUCUUUGAGCCAGUAUUUGGAGAAGGGGGGAUAUUUGGACCCUGGACACUUUCUGCUGUGUUAAUGGUGCUGCUGUCUGGUAUAAUAGCCUUUAUGGUAAACUUGUCCAUUUACUGGAUCAUUGGAAACACAUCACCUGUCACAUAUAAUAUGUUUGGACACUUCAAGUUCUGCAUCACUCUAUUGGGAGGGUACCUGCUGUUUAAAGAUCCACUGUCACUUAAUCAAGUCCUUGGGAUUUUGUGUACUUUGUUAGGCAUUUUAGCUUAUACCCAUUUCAAACUUAGUGAGCAGGAAGGGAGUAAGAGUAAACUGGUUCAGCGUCCAUAAAUCAAGAUAUUCUGGAGAUGAUAAACCUUCAAAGGGAAGGAAAACCAAUAUUAAAUAUGCACUGAUUGUAGAACGGGCAAAAUAGCUGAAAUAAAAUUUGGAUUAAUAUCACCGCCAGGAUCAUCAUGCUGAAAUAAAAUAAAAUGAAUCAUUACAUAAAACAUAUUUUCCAUCUUAGUCCAGCCUAUAUUUAAAUAGUAACAUUUAAAAAAAAGAUCAAGUGGUCUAAGUCAAAUUAGAAUGGAAAUUCUAUAGAAGUGAUUAUGACUUUCACACUGAAAUGAAAUGAGCUUAUCUUGGUUAAUGUUACAGUAAAUGCUGAAGGAAUUAAUUUUGCCCUUUGUGAUAUCAUGCCAGUGUUACUAUUGUAAAGAAUCUUGUUCAGGACACUUGUAUGCAGAUAUUCUGGUACAUGACAGCACAUGCUUCCUGUUUGUCUGGUAGAUGAAAAGGCAAAUUGCUUUUUUGUUUGGUUUUUUAAAAAGCUGUCAAACAUCAUUCUGAUUCCGACAUGCUUGUUUGCGUGUUUGGUAACGACCUGAAUAACUUUCAGUAGAAGGGAUCAGAUACAAUUAUUAGUGGAGUGGAGACUCAGGCAACCGAUCUAACUAGUUAUCAAUUUGAACCAAAACCGAACACCCCAAACUUUGGGAAAGUUGGAAACCAGCUCUGAACUUUGCAGCUCAAAUUCAUCUGUGGAUCUGCCAGGAAAUUUAGUAAGUCACUAGUGUUUUGGAAAAUGUUCUGUUUCUGCUUCAUGAUUUUCUAGUGUCAAAAACGGACUUUCACAAGACUUUUUGAACCUUUGUGGGCUUAGUAAACCUACAUAGCUUGCUUUAAUUGCCAAAUGAAAAUGGUUUUGCAAGUGAGAACACAAACACCCACCUGUUUGGGGCAGCAGAUAAACUAUGCCAAGACUCGGUCCAAAGUAAG